GCGCUUUGUCCAGCCCAGGCCUCAGAUUGGCUGCGGAGCGUGGGAAAGCGCGCACGCCUGCGGCCCCACCGCCCUGCGCUGCAUAAAGGCGCCACCAGCACCCGGCCGGCCGCUGCCACCUCCUCUGGCCACCCUCCCGCGCCGCGCGCUCCGGCUCACGCGCCGGGCGGGGCCCCAGGUUCAGCUCCGUGCCCACCCCCGAGUGCAGAUCGAUUGGGGUCCGACGCAGCGAUAGUGCAGGGCGCACGCGGUGGUCCGAGUAAGGUCUGGCGGAUGCCUCUCGUCACUUCUUUGCUCUCCCUUCUGUUUGAGAAGUUCGCGGCGCUAGCCCAGCUCGGAGCUGGGAAAGGGACAUCGGGGAGAUGGAGGUGGCAUAUCCGCCCUGGCCGCACCGCGAGAGCCGCGGAUGGACUUCAGGGAAGGCUGCCACCGCCUUCGCGAAACCUUCUGGGUCCUCUCCCUGCACCCAGUGCGGAUGGAGACUCAGGCCCAGCUGAAGAGAGACUUGCAAAAGAGACUCCCUCUGCCACCAAAGAGCAGCGAACCCCUGCCCACAACGGCCCUGGAUGUGGCCCUGGUGGCGACUUUGCCAAGCUUCUUAGACCCAGAGGAGAGGACCGGGGCUGGCCAAGCACAGCGCCCCCCUGCCAUAGGGGUUUUGUUUCCCCUCCCAUUUCGUGCCCAGCGCCAGGGCUGCAAGAGCAGCCUAGCCUGCAGACAGGUGGGGUGUCAGCUGCUGGCACUGCCCCCCGUCUUCACUUUGAAGGAGUCCUGGGGGCAAGAGUUAUGUAUGUUACAGAGGCUGUAAAUGGUCGAGAAGGUCCAUGGCAGAGGGAGCUGGGGCAGAGUCUCUGGGGGCCAGGUCUGCAAGGGGGCGGGGCUGCCUGGUCAUCUUAGCCAGGCCCUGAAGUUGGACCUCUGCUUCCCUAAGGCUGCGAAGGCUUUAUGUUAAAGUGGGGAUGGGCUGGAGGACGCUGUGCGUUUGAAGGGCAUGGCAGCGUGGUGGACACCAGUAAGGGUGUGGGGCCUCAGUGGCAUCGCGAUGGGAUGCAGGUGCAGCCGUCCGUGUUGGGUGUGUGUGGGGUACUUAACGUGUAUGCCUCCGAGCUGGACCGCAGUGGAGCGUGAAUAAAGGUGCUGGUCAGCAGCUUCUACGGGGGUCUCUGCCCCCCAUGCCCGGUGCCCCAAGGCUGACUGCCACCUCUGAGAUUCAGGGCCCCUGCCCAGGGUAUGGGAAGGGAUUGGGGCCUCCUGGCUUGGA